UACACUAAUGCUUGUCACUUUUCUUGAUACACAUGUACCUUUCAUGAAUUACUACAACUUAUAUGGGAUUCUAAAAUUGUCAAAAAAAGGGAUUUUUGAUUGUUGCUUGAUUGUUAAAAAGAUUGAAUUUUUCCUUAAAUUGGGGUUCAGUAUGGACAUUUCCUUCUUAAAGCUGAAUUUUCUGGAAAACCGAAAGGGCUCGUGCAGGAUUGAGGUUCUUUUAUUCUAUCUUUUUAGUAGUCAUCUUGUUUGGCUCCAGAAGUGUUGGUUCCGCUGAAGGGUCAUUUAAGUAAUGUGCAUUUACCUUAUAAUUUACUUGAAAAAUGUGGUGUCAAUUGUUAUGUGGUUCUACUAUGAGUAAGAUUUGUGAUUAGAGCAUAUCAUUAUAAUAUGGCUUUACAAUUCAUCAAAUGUUUAGCUACUCUAUGCUAAUUUAUGUAAAUAUUUUGCUGAUCACUAUUGUCUGGACUCUGGAUGGUGAAGACGGAAUAAUGCAACGUCUACUUGACGCCUUAUGCUUGAAAUUUAUUUCUGUUUACCAGCUUUGAGAGAAAUGCCAACAGCCAUCCAGACUGAGGUGCCAAAAUCUCAACAUUAUGAGCUUCCUACUUCUUUCUUCAAGCUUGUUCUUGGAGAGCAUCUGAAAUACAGCUGUUGUCUUUUCUCGGACAAGUCAAAGACUCUCGAGGAUGCAGAGAAAGCAAUGCUGGAGCUAUACUGUGAAAGGUCACAAAUAAAAGAUGGCCAUACUGUUCUUGAUGUUGGUUGUGGUUGGGGAUCUCUUGCUCUGUACAUAGCACAAAAGUAUAGCAGUUGCAAGGUUACAGGGAUUUGCAAUUCAGUAACCCAGAAAGCACACAUUGAGGAGCAGUGCCGAGAUCAUCAGCUACAGAACGUGGAGAUUAUUGUUGCAGAUAUUAGCACUUUUGAAAUGGAAGCAUCCUAUGACCGGAUAUUUUCGAUUGAAAUGUUUGAGCAUAUGAAAAACUACAGGGAUCUUCUUAAGAAGAUAUCAGCGUGGUUGAAACCAGAUGGUCUUCUUUUUGUUCAUCACUUUUGCCAUAAAGCAUUUGCUUACCAUUUUGAGGAUGUGAGUGAUGAUGAUUGGAUUACCAGGUAUUUCUUUACGGGAGGCACAAUGCCUGCAGCAAACCUACUCCUUUACUUUCAGGAUGAUGUUUCUAUAGUCAAUCAUUGGCUAGUGAAUGGGAAACACUAUGCACAGACAAGUGAGGAAUGGCUUAAAAGAAUGGACCAGAACUUGAGUUCUAUAACCCCAAUAAUGCAGUCAACAUACGGUAAGGAUUCAGCCAUCAAAUGGACCGUCUAUUGGAGAACUUUCUUUAUUGCAGUAGCAGAAUUGUUUGGGUACAACGAUGGAGAAGAAUGGAUGGUUGUACAUUUCCUGUUCAAGAAGAAACUCUCAAGUCCAUAGCUCAAGGGAAAAAAAUCCUUGCUGAUUCAUACGCGUACCAUGGGAAUUUGUAAUAAGAGAUUCUAGAUUUGUGCCAAUGGGGUGCAAGAUGACCACCUUUUCCCAUCAAUGAACAAGUAAUGAGGAAUUUCUUUGGACAUUAAAUUUCCAACAGUUGCAAACAAAGUCUUAUGUUAUCUGUUGGUUUUGGGAGCAUCAAAACUUAUUGCAUUUGGACACCCCUGAUUCACGAUU